CCGAGAUUUUAGUAACGAACCUACCUGUUUCUUCCUUCUUCUCUUAGUAAUUCUUCAGCUUGUAAGUUGCCUAUCUGGGAUAUUGCUGAUUGGAAAUUCGCCGUUAGAAAUUCACUUUUUACUCCAUCUCGCAAGAUCUCCCAUAUAAGACGUCAUUCGUUCCCCUCCACCCCCGCCAUUCCUUUCGUUUUCCUUUUUUCUCCGUUGGAGUAAGCAGGCCAAUGCAAGCAAUUGCUUUAUUUGGUCGGAUAUCGGCUGCUGCUACUGUGACCUUAACAUCUCCCUCUGCUUUUGCUUUUGCUUCUAGGUCCAGGACGGCGACCUCGCGAAUAGCUUCACUCUCUAGACACUUCUCGUCCACCCCUCACAUCAUGGCUCCCAUAUCUAAGGAGACUGACUUUCUGGUCAUUGGCGGCGGAAGUGGCGGUCUUGGUUCUGCGCGCAUGGCCAGCUCCAAGUUCGGUGCGAAAACCAUGGUCGUCGAAGCCUCGCGCCUCGGUGGUACCUGUGUGAAUGUCGGCUGUGUACCUAAAAAGGUCACAUAUAAUGCCGCCGUCCUCGCCGAAGCCAUUCACGACUCUAAAGCUUACGGCUUCUCGGUUCAAGAAACGAAGCCGUUCGACUUCACCACGUUCAAGCAUAAGCGAGACGCCUAUAUCAAGCGAUUGAACGGCAUCUACGAACGAAAUCUCGUCAACGACAAGGUCGAAUAUGUGCACGGGUGGGCAAAGCUGUUAAACAAGAACGAGGUCGAGAUAACACUAGACGACGGCACGAAAACCACUGUACGCGCCAAUAAGAUCCUCAUAGCCGUAGGUGGCCAACCCGCGAAGCCGUCGUCAUCCGAUAUUCCCGGCGCCGAGUACGGCACCGACAGCGAUGGCUUCUUCGAUAUCGACGUGCUGCCUAAGAAGGUCGCCUUGGUAGGGGCGGGGUACAUCGCCGUCGAAUUUGCAGGAAUGUUCAAUGCCCUGGGUACUGAGACGCAUCUGUUCAUCCGGCACAAGACCUUCUUGCGCAAAUUCGAUCCUAUGAUCCAGGAGGGCGUUACCAGCGAAUAUGAGCGGCUCGGUGUACACAUACACAAAGAUUCCACCCAGACUAAGAUCGAGAAGGACCCUAGCACCGGUAAGCUUACGAUACACUACAAGGACAGCAACGGCGAGAGUAAGCUGGAGGAUGUGGACCACUUGAUCUGGGCUAUCGGCCGUACCCCUAUGACCAAGAACAUCGGUCUGGAGGAGGCGGGCGUCAAGCUCGACGAGAACGGUUACAUCGUCACCGACGAGUACCAGAACACCUCGGUAGACAACAUCUUCGCGCUAGGCGACGUGUCCGGCCGAGUGGAACUAACCCCCGUCGCCAUCGCGGCCGGCCGGCGACUCUCGGAGCGUCUCUACGGCGGCGAGCAAUUCAAGGCGGCGCGCAUCGACUACUCCAACAUACCCUCCGUCGUCUUCGCCCACCCCGAAGUCGGCAGCAUCGGGCUGACAGAGCCGCAAGCCGUAGACAAGUACGGCCGCGACAACCUGACCAUCUACAAGACCAGCUUCACAGCCAUGUACUACGCCAUGAUGGACCCCGAGGACAAGGCGCCCACCAAGUACAAGGUGAUCUGCGCGGGGCCCGAGCAGAAGAUCGUCGGCCUGCACAUCAUGGGCCUCGCCUCCGCCGAGAUGCUGCAGGGCUUCGGCGUAGCCAUCAAGAUGGGCGCCACGAAGAAGGAUCUCGACAGGUGCAUUGCCAUCCACCCUACCAGCGCCGAGGAGCUUGUUACGCUGAAGUAAGUAAAUGGGUGGGUGUUGGGUGUUAGAAUUUAAAAAGGACAACAACUACCUAGUUAGAAGAAAAAGAAAAGAAAAGAAAAAGGAGUCCCGAUACCUCGUAGAUAAUGGAUACAUGACAUAUAUAGAACCGGCCUAAUAAAUAAAUCAAUGCCAAUUCAUGACAGGAA